UCCAUAUCCAGGCUUCAAGUAUUCUACUACAUAUUAUUAUAUUUCACCAAACUAUGGCGCGUCUCUACGAUUCCCGCACCACGAUCUUUUCGCCUGAGGGCCGACUGUACCAGGUAGAGUACGCGAUGGAGGCCGCUUCGCAGUCGAACACUUGCCUGGGCAUCCUGGCCAAGAACGGAGUCAUUUUGGCUACGGAGCGAAGCGUGGACAAGCUCUUGGACUCGAGCAUUCCUGCGCCCAGGAUCUGCAGGCUGAACGAGGACGCUGCCUGUUGCGCCACGGGCAACAAGGCGGAUGGAAACGUGCUGACCACCGAAUUGCGCCUGAUCGCCCAACAAUAUGUUAGCACCUACGGUGAGAUGAUUCCUUGCGAGCAGCUGGUCACGAACCUGUGUGACAUCAAACAGGCGUAUACGCAAUACGGCGGCAAGCGACCCUUCGGGGUAUCCUUUCUGUACAUGGGCUGGGACUGCCGCUUCGGGUUCCAGCUGUAUCAGUCCGAUCCCAGUGGGAACUACAGUGGCUGGAAGGCCACAUGCAUUGGCCGCAAAUCAGGGGCGGCCAUGGAAAUGCUUCAGAAGGAACUAUUCAGCAAGGGCUACGCAAGUCCCUCGCUCGAGGAAGCCAAGGAUGUAGCCAUCAAGGUCAUGGGCAUGACCUUGGAUAGAGAUAGCUUGACCCCUGCGAAGCUGGAAAUGGCUGUACUACAGCGCUUCUAUAACACCACCAUAUUUCAUAUCUUAGAGAAAAUUGAGGUACACAACCUAAUUCAGAAGCAUAACAUUUUGCAGUUUCAAAUCGCCAGGCGAAAGUAUUAAAGUCAUUGUUUAAUUUCAGA